UAGAGUGACAGUAAAUAGUGAGACUGAAAGAACUAAAAAUGGAAGAGCAUGGUGAAGACGAGACUUUCGUUCAAAAGCCAAAAAUUAUUAAAAGUGUAUUGAAAGAUUCUCAGGAAAAACGGUUAAUUGUAAUACUUGAUCAAGCAUCUUUGGAAACAGUCAAGGUAGGGCAGAAGUAUGAACUUUUAUGUUGCGAUAAACACAAAAAUGUUGGAAAACGCAUAAAAAAAGAUGUUUCAACAUGUCGGCCUGAUAUCACACACCAAUGUCUCCUUAUGCUAAUGGAUUCACCUCUCAACAGGGCUAAUCUUUUACAGGUUUAUGUUAAAACAGAGAAGAAUGUACUUAUAGAAAUCAACCCUCAAACUCGCAUACCUCGCACAUUUGACAGAUUUUGUGGGCUCAUGGUUCAGCUGUUGGACAAGCUAAGUAUCAGGGCAAGUGAUGGCCCGCAGAAACUUUUAAAGGUGAUCAAAAACCCAGUUAGUGACCACCUCCCCACAGGCUGCCCAAAAUACGCCAUGUCAUACAGUGCUGAAGAGAUUGUAGAUGUGAGAGAUUACGUACCCAAGGAUGGGCCUGCUGUUUUUGUUAUAGGAGCCAUGGCCCAUGGCAGUGUGAAACCUGACUACACAGAGAAAACAUUUUCUAUCAGUAAUUAUCCUCUUUCUGCAGCCAUCACAUGUUCAAAAGUUUGUAAUGCAUUUGAAGAGGUUUGGGGUGUCAAAUAAAAAUGAUUGUAAACA